CUCGCGUGACAUUACGAUAUCCAAACGAAGAUGGCUGCCUACAUUAGCGGGAUGCGGACCAACGCAAAUUAGCAAUUUCCAUCACUUCACCGGAUGCAUUGGCAGUUUGAAUUUAUAUCGCCAGUCGACAUUUUGUAUAAGUUUAAAAUAUGAGUCCGGAAUGUUUCCUUAUUGUGCCAUGUACGUAGAUUUGUCUCUUAUUAUUUUCUGACAAAGCAGGCUGUCUGACGCCAUUUUCAUACAUUUGUAAUCACGUUCGGCACCACAAACCGACUUGAAGAUGGUGAAGGACGAUUAUAAACCAGGAGACAAGAUAUUUGCCAAGAUGAAAGGCUUCCCUCACUGGCCUGCUCGGAUUGAUGAUUUACCAGAAGGAGCAGUAAAGCCACCCAAGGGAAAAUUUCCUAUUUUCUUUUAUGGAACACAUGAAACUGCCUUCCUUGCACCAAAGGAUGUAUUUCCUUAUGAAGCAAACAAGGAAAGGUAUGCAGUAUUAAAGAAAAUCAAAGGGUUCAAUGAGGGCUUAUGGGAGAUCACAAACAACCCCAACGUCAAGUUUCAGGGAGCACAAAGUUCAGAUUCUGCUGAGGAGGAAGCUGAAGAGGCUCAAGAAGUAGUAGAAGAAGAACAGGAGGAGGAAGAAGAGGAAGUAGAGGAAAAAGAGGUUAAACCUAAAGGCAAAAAGAAACAGGCUGCCAAAGCUAAGGGACCACAAAAGAGAAAGAAAGCCACCACUGGGGGAAAGCCGGCCAAGCGAACGAAGAAAGAAUCAUCUGGAGAUGAAGAAGAAGGGGAAGAGGCUGAAAAAGUUGGAGAAGCUGAAGAAGAGGAGGAUUUUGAUGAUGUUUCCCUUCCUUCUGAUAACUCUGAGGAUGAAGACUUUGAUGUAGAAGAGAAAAAACCUAAAGGUCGAGGCCGCCCAAAGGGAUCAACUAAAGGCAAAGGAGGCAAGGCAAAGAAAGUUGAUGAGUCGGAGGACGAGGACAGUGAGGGUGGGGAGGAGGAAGAGAAAGACCAAGAAGACGAAGAUGUGGAAGAGGAGGAAAAACCAAAGAAAUCCAAGAAACCUGCUCAGCCUCGACGACAGAGCAGAGGUGGGGGAUCUGCGAGCAAGAGAGGAGGAGGACGUGCAUCAACUGGAGCUGGAAGAAAGAAGGCAGAACAAGUGGAGAAAAUGGUGUCUAGUGACAGCUCCGACAGUGACAGUGAUGGUUCUGAGGAUGGUGUCAGCAGUUGGAAGAAGAAAGAUGCAGAGAGAAAAAAGGCAAUGGAACUGAAGAUAAAAGAUGCGGAGGAAAAGCGGUUGAAGGAGGAGGCAGAAAGGAUAAAGGUAAUACACGAGGAGGUUGCCAAAGAGAGAGAGGAGGCAGAGGAGGCAAAGGAGGCAGAGGAGGCAAAGGAGGUGGAAGAGGACGUGAAACCAAAAAAGUCCUCACCAAAACGUCCGGCAAAACCAACACCUAAACGCAGGAGUAAAAAAGGCGAGGAUGCGGAGGUUAGCAAAAAAGACAAGAAGAAAGGAAGGACAAAAAAGACAAAGAAACUGGAGGAUUCUGAUCAAGAAAGUGACCAUGAAGAGGAAGUAAAGAAAGAGUUGUCGGAGGAUGAAGAGGAAAAGGAGGUGGAUGUAGAGGAGAGAGAGAAUUCAGAAGAGGAGGGAACAAAGGAGGAGAAAGUAGAAGUGAAGGAAGAAGUGGAGGGUGAUGAACAAACAAUUGUAGAAGAUAGUAAAAAGGAGGAAGAGAGUGAGAUAAAAACUAAGACAGAAAGUGAUAGUGAAGAGAAGAAAAUAAAGACUGAAAAAGAGAAGGAUUCUAAAGGGUCCAAGUCAAAUGAUUCCAAAUCUAAGGAAAAAAACGAACAGCCUGAAGACAAAAAACGGGAGGAGGAGAGGGAGGAAAAAGCAAGGGCUGAACGAGAGGCAGAGAGAAGGCGCCGCUUCGAGAAGGAGAAGGAACGAGUUAGGAAAUUUAAAGAAAAGGAAGAAGAAAAGGAGCGGAAAAAGCGUGAAAAAUAUGAGCAAAAGAAAAAAGAUAAAAUCAAUUUCAUUCAAACAGAGACCAAACUAGUAGCCAUGGACAAAGAGAUCAAGAAAUGCGUCCAGAAGGAUUCGGCAGAUGUGGACAAAUGCCUAGCCAUUAUGGACGAUCUCAACACCCUUCCAGUCAACCAAGUGCUACUCAAGAAAAACCCAGACAUCAUGAAAACCAUUAAAAUGAUUAGAAAAUUUAAAGGUAGUGACAGAAUUCGAAAAAAAGCGGAACUUAUUUAUCACAAAUUUAAGGGCUUCUUCCUGGCUGGAGAUAUUGACAUAGGAACUCCGACGACGCCAAAGGACUCCGGACACAGACGACAUCACCAUAAACAAGCAGAGGUGAUGAAAGAAUGUGAAAACAAGGAAAAUGAAAUUUCCCAACCUACAGAUAACACUGACCAUAGCGACUCUUUGUCAGCCCUCCCUACUAUCAGCCCCACAGAGGGUGACAAAGUCCCCGCUGUGGACGGGGACUCCGAGCCAGUCGACGGCACAGCAGAUCUCAAUAACAGGCUUAGUGAUAACGGAAUAGGGGAGACAAUUCCAAGUGUGUCGGUACCCCCCUCUAGUGACAGUCAAAAUAAAAGUCCUAUACAGACGAACAAUACAGUGGAAGAGCCAUCAUUAGAUGGUGGAGGGGGGCAAACGAAUCAGCCAGUAAUACAGGGUGAUGCUGUAGGAGGGAGUGAAACAGAAGAGCAGGCCCAACAAGGUCUAGGUUUUACUGUUGGACUAGGAGAAUCAAACCAGUCAACAUUUUCAUUUGGUUGGGGUAGUUCGGAUCAGAAAAUUCCAGGAUUAGGUGGACCCAUAGUUGUAACUAGAUCAGACUCACAAACAAUACCAGGAGUAUCUGGUGGUGGGAAGUCCACGGAACAGCCAACAUUGCCUGGCUUAUCCGAUAAUAACAAUAGUGCUCCCAGUGUCAAUAAUCUCAGUGCAGACUUAGAAAAAAUCAGUAGUGUUCUCGACAAAAUGGACGCGAUGGAUGAGGAGGAGGAUGACAAUCAAUCAGCGGAGAAGGUGGAGGGUAACACGCAGAAGGACAAGUUGGUUCUGCCCGGGGUGGAGAGCAUUUCUGGGGACAGUGGGGAUGAUAUGGAAAUUGAUUCGCCCGACGACGGGGUAGCAGACAAGGGAGAUAAAUCUGAGGGCGGUAGUCAGUCGGAUGAUCUCUCUCAUUCCAUGCAGCAAGCAGCCCAGGAAGCGGCCAAGUAUUCGGCCCAGGCAGAGUUCCCCGAUGACACCGAAGACAUGAUGGAAGAUCAGGAAAGGAUAGAUCUUGAUGCAAGGAUAGCGGCAAUUAUCAAAGGCACAGAGACUUUCUCCGCACAGUCUGUGUACGAUCCCUCGCAGGCGCCGUUUGAAUCUGGAUAUCCGCCUCCAGCAAAAACAAACAAAGAAAAGGAAGAGGAGGAAAAACCAGUAGAGACCAAAGAAACGGAGGAAGAAGCUGCAGAGGAGAAAGAAGAGUCGGAAUCUGAAUCGGAUCCAGCUAUGGACGAUGAUGAACUGCACAGUCUGUUAGGGGUUUAGUGAAAUGACACUUGUAAUAAAUUCUUUUGUGCUGGCAAUUUUUUAUUUCUCUGGAUGUACAUGUGAUGUCUGGGAGCCUGACGAAUCUUUUACGGUGUGACGCUGAUGACACUGUGCCAAGUGUGAACCAAUGAUCAUGUGAUUGGACGGCAGAAUAUUGUUACAUAGUAUGCCAUGGAAAAUUGUGUUCUUGGAGUAUUUAUGCUUCUUAUUUUCAAUCUUGACAUUAAGUAUUGUAAUUCUGUGAACAUCUCAGAAAACAAUAUUUUUUCUUGAGCAUCAACAAACUGGAUACAAUUUUAAUGAAUGACUACAACAUUUGGUAUUGUGAUAAUUGUAGGGGAUGGUAACACAGAAGUUUCAUGGGAACAACUUGUGUUGUUCAAUGUUGGACUCAAUUUUAAACGUGGAAUCAUUCACUGUGAGAAAAUCUACCAUGGGUUGAAUUCUGCAGACAGUUCAUUUUUAAAAUCCUAGAUAAUGGUCAAGUCAUCGUCAUUAGAUUAUCAUCAAACUGAAGGAUGCAGUACAAAGUGUGACCUUAAGUCAUCAAAUUUUGUGAAAAAGAGAAUAAUAUAAAAAUAGGAAAAAAGACCUUUUUAAAUCUUUAUCAUCUUCAAAUUCAUCAACUUCAUCAAAUGCAUAAUUACCAAGUAGACUGAAGAUCAUGACCAUUAAAACAGUGAACAUGUCAUUAAAUGUUGAUCAUUGAAGAUCAUGACCAUUAAAACAGUUUAAUGUCAUUAAAUGUUGAUCGUUGAAGAUCAUGGCCAUUAAAACAGUGAAUAUGUCAUUAAAUGUUGAUCGUUUAUAGCAUUUCAUUAGAUUGAGCUUUCCAUCCAUCAGAAAAUCACAGCUCUUUACAUAGCAGUCCUGUGCCAAAUUAACCCUUUCACCACUGUAGACCAUAAUGGACUCAUUGAUAUCAGUACAUGGUAGAGUCUACUGAAGUUACAACGGGUUAACGGGGUACUGGACAAUUGUAUUUUAGUGAAUUUUCCUGACAUCAAUUAUAAUGCCAGUAUAUAUAUUUGCACCAUGUACCAGUAAGAGAAUAUUUUUUAUGUUUUCCCAAAGUUUUAAGUUAUUUUCAUUGAGCAUUUUUCAAAAUGCAACAUUAUUCUAAGGAAAUAACUUUUGUUGAGGCUUUUUUUAUCUUUAUUUUACAAAAAAUUAUAGCAAAAAUUUAAUUCCUAUACAUAUGUAUUAACUUUUCAUAUCUUAAAAAAAGGGAUAAAUAUUAAAACAUUACGAGAAACAAGUCGGACAAUUUUAUUUCAUGGUGCAGUUAUUUGUUUUGGUAGCAUAACAAUUGACUUCAGGAAAAUUCACAGAAAAAAACCCGUAAAAAUGCAUGAAAUCCAGAAGGAAAAAAUGCUUUCGACCUUUAAUUUGGUUUAAGAGCGUAAAAUAAAACCUGAAUGUACCAACAUUUAUGGAGAUUGUUUGGUCGUUAACCCUUUCACCACUGUAGACCAUAAUGGACUCAUCCAGAUCAAUGCAUGGUAGAGUCUACUAAAGUUACAUAGGGGUGAAAGGGUUGAGGCUUACUUCGAAAAUAAGCCUGGAAUUUCUAACUGAAAAUGAAAAUAAGCCGCGCUUUUUAGUAAUCGAAAUGUUUGGGUAUACAUUACAAGAUGUUGGUAAAGUCUGGUAUAACUCAACGGUGACUUAACCCUUUCACCCCUAGGUAACUUUAGUAGACUCUACCAUACAUUCAUCUGGAUGAGUCUAUUAUGGUCUACAGUGGUGAAAGGGUUAAAGUGUUCUGAAGUUUUGUGCAUGAAAAUACUGUUUAACAGGAAAUAUUUACUUGUGUUUUUGUAAUUUGUAAAUUCUGAAAAACCACAAAUAAAAGAUACAAGAUAAAAGAAUCUUUAUUUAGUGUCAAAUAUGGUUUAACAGGAACUGAUGCUCUUAGGAGAUUGUAUUUCAAUAAACGAAAAAUGAAGCUGCAAUCAUGCAAGCUCCUAACCCAUUCACCCCUAAAGACACAUUUGAACUCUUCCAAUUCAAAGGUAGGAAUAGUUCAUUAUGAAAUUUCAGGGGUGAAUGUGUUAAAACUAUAAACUGACAACUAAGUCAUACACAGCAUUACACCACUCUCAACAGUUUUUGAAAAUGAGGGACAUUUUGAUGAUUUUUUUCCCUGAAAAAUUGGGGUCAUGACUCAAAUUCUGCUUUUCAAAAAUCACUGAUUUCUCAUUUCUCUUGUCUGCAUUGCACCACAAUGUAUAAAUAUUGGGGGAGUUAAGAUGAACAGGUAAGAUUUCAAGGGGAAUAUUCCUUGUUAUACAGUAUUGCUGAUCUUAGGGACUGUUUCAGUGCUCAACAUUACUCAUUAGCAUACUGCGACUUGUAAAAUUUACUGAUGUUUUGUGAAAUUUUACAUCUUUGAAGAAAUAAAAGUAUCCCUUGGUAAUGAGAAUAAAGGAAGACUAUAGACAGUG